GGCGCCUGUGAGGGAAAGAGGCGGGGGUGGUGGGGCAGCCGCGGGCCGGGCCGGCCGGGGGAUGUCGAUGCCUGACGCGAUGCCGCUGCCCGGUGUCGGGGAGGAGCUGAAGCAGGCCAAGGAGAUCGAGGACGCCGAGAAGUACUCCUUCAUGGCCACCGUCACCAAGGCGCCCAAGAAGCAAAUCCAGUUUGCUGAUGACAUGCAGGAGUUUACCAAAUUCCCCACGAAGACUGGCCGACGAUCUUUGUCUCGCUCUAUCUCUCAGUCCUCCACUGACAGCUACAGUUCAGCUGCAUCCUACACAGAUAGCUCUGAUGAUGAGGUUUCCCCCCGAGAAAAGCAGCAAACCAACUCCAAGGGCAGCAGCAAUUUCUGUGUGAAGAACAUCAAGCAGGCAGAAUUUGGACGCCGGGAGAUUGAGAUUGCAGAACAAGACAUGUCUGCUCUGAUUUCACUCAGGAAACGUGCUCAGGGGGAGAAGCCCUUGGCUGGUGCUAAAAUAGUGGGCUGUACACACAUCACAGCCCAGACAGCGGUGUUGAUUGAGACACUCUGUGCCCUGGGGGCUCAGUGCCGCUGGUCUGCUUGCAACAUCUACUCCACUCAGAAUGAAGUGGCUGCAGCACUGGCUGAGGCUGGAGUUGCCGUGUUUGCUUGGAAGGGCGAGUCGGAAGAUGACUUCUGGUGGUGUAUUGACCGCUGUGUGAACAUGGAUGGGUGGCAAGCCAACAUGAUCCUGGAUGAUGGGGGAGACUUAACCCACUGGGUUUAUAAGAAGUAUCCAAACGUGUUUAAGAAGAUCCGAGGCAUUGUGGAAGAGAGCGUGACUGGUGUUCACAGGCUGUAUCAGCUCUCCAAAGCUGGGAAGCUCUGUGUUCCAGCCAUGAACGUCAACGAUUCUGUUAAACAGAAGUUUGAUAACUUGUACUGCUGCCGAGAAUCCAUUUUGGAUGGCCUGAAGAGGACCACAGAUGUGAUGUUUGGUGGGAAACAAGUGGUGGUGUGUGGCUACGGCGAGGUGGGAAAGGGCUGCUGUGCUGCUCUCAAGGCCCUUGGAGCAAUUGUCUAUAUCACAGAAAUUGACCCCAUCUGUGCUCUGCAGGCCUGCAUGGAUGGUUUCAGAGUGGUAAAGCUAAAUGAAGUUAUCCGGCAAGUUGAUGUCGUAAUAACUUGCACGGGAAAUAAGAAUGUGGUGACACGGGAGCAUUUGGAUCGCAUGAAAAACAGUUGUAUCGUAUGCAAUAUGGGCCACUCAAACACGGAAAUUGAUGUGACCAGCCUUCGAACUCCGGAGCUGACGUGGGAGCGAGUUCGUUCUCAGGUGGAUCAUGUCAUCUGGCCAGACGGCAAGCGCGUCGUCCUUCUGGCAGAGGGUCGUCUGCUCAAUCUGAGCUGCUCCACAGUUCCCACCUUUGUUCUGUCCAUCACAGCUACGACACAGGCUUUGGCACUGAUAGAGCUCUAUAAUGCGCCUGAGGGACGAUACAAACAAGACGUGUACUUGCUUCCUAAGAAAAUGGAUGAGUAUGUGGCCAGCUUGCACCUGCCAUCAUUUGAUGCCCACCUGACCGAGCUGACAGAUGACCAAGCAAAAUAUCUGGGACUCAACAAAAAUGGGCCAUUCAAACCCAAUUAUUACAGGUAA